GCCUCUUCUCUACUGGGGUUCGUGCGUCGAAAGGCUGAAGAUAACGAAGAUCAUUCGCUUGCCCGGCAUAUUCAUCACACCCUCCUUGCCAUUUGACGGGCUGGCCCUCGCUUGAUCAUGAACGCAAACUUUGAGGCUGCGCCUGCCUCGCGCAGUAAGGCUUCAGCUCUAAUCACCAGAAAUCUGCCCGUCAUCUUGUCUUCGUGGUCAUCGCUACCCUCUUCACUCUGCUCUUUAUUUGUGUGCGUUGUCUGUGAGCGUCAAUCGUGACAGACUGGUGCCAGUAUCGACCAUGGCGAGAGGCCAUGUCUCUUACUUCAGCUACAACCUGAGCAGGCCAUAUCCUUUUCGCUGGUUCACCCCAGCUGCUGUCGUGGGCGGCGUCGUACUCACUGCACUCUUCUCCGUCCUCAACUUUGCAGCCAAUGGAUACGUGCUUGGAAGUACAUUUGUUGCUGAUCCAAACUCUACACUCGCCAAGAAGACUUGGUUCGAAAAACCGCCAUUCUCUUACCAGAGUAAACUGUCCGCGAGUUGUCAGCCAGCCAAUAUCGCUACCAGUACCCUAUUGACGGCAAAAUCUGGGUUACAGUAUACUUUAGGCAAUGUCUGGACAGAGGAUGAGAACGGUCGUGCGACCUUGUUGCCGUCUUUGACGUAUCUCAACAACUCUUUCACAGAUUGUGACUUCCAGGGAAUACACAUCCUCCUCGUCAACUACGACCCUGAUAGCAAUGGUCCCUACUGGAAUUGGAAUCGCGACUCUACUGCAACGGGAUAUGUGACUUGUGCUAUUGACAAUGGACAUCUCCCAGUGCAUCUCAAUCUAAGCAUCACCGUCAAAGCCGCUUUGCAGGGCACAACAGGCACAAUCGGGCAGGACUACCUGACCGCGAAGAAGGCGACACAGGCCAGCCUCUGGUUUGGACAGCUUCUCACGUGGAUGAACUUCAAUCAAAUGCUUUUCCAGAUGGCGCUGGUGAACAUGACGACCCUGGCGCUGUACAGCGAAACGGGAAGCCAGGGGUUGCUCACCGGCAUGGGAAUGUAUGUCGCUCACAGUCCAAACACAACGAGCAUCCUUCAAGACGACUUCAUGUCCAUCUCAGAGCAGAUAACAGGCUACAAUUCUUAUUACAACAUCGCCGGCGGCUACUGGAGGGGUCCAAUCGGUACUGAUGAUACACCCAUAACACAGCUGGAAAUCGGAGGGACAAACAUCGGCUACGCAGUCGACGAUUUCGCCAAAUCAUUUUACUCUUUCAUCCUGGCCGAUCUAGGUCAGACAUCCAGCCCAAACGUGCUCGCUGAUCCCGACAUCCUGGAUCAAUUCUGGACCGCAUGCUACAACGAAGUCGAGCCCAGUCCAAUGAACUUUGUGCAGAACGGUAGCUUACCUGACAACAGCUUUGACACAUUGAAGAGCAUGACUGGUUCUAUCGGCAUCUCCAAUGCGACUCUCAACGCACAGUAUCUGUGUCAAAUACCGCAACGGAAAGACACUGGUUCCAUCCUCGUUGCUCUCAUUGUGGCAGACCUUGUCUUGCUGCAGGCUGCUUGGAAGGUCUUUACCUGGAUCACUACCUUCUGGCUUGAGAAGAAAGAUCCUGAGGCCAAUUUCUGCUCUGCAUGCGCUGCAAAGUUGGGUUCUCCUUCGGUGGGAGCAGAUGGUGGAGCGAACAGGAUGGCUAAUUCGUAUGAGAUGUUCAAGGGAAAAUUAAGUGGAUUUAGAGGGUCGCGUUACGCAAAGCUUCCCGAUACACAGGUUGGGGAUAUGGCUAGGGCCAGCGGUGCAGAUAGCCUACCCGCCACAGUGCUAGCUAACAGCCGCUGAGAUAAGCUAAGUAGACAAGCUUCAGCAAGAGAUGUCGUUGACUCUGUCAAUUGAAUGACAGGACAGCCUCGCGUCCGCAAACAGUCAGAAUGCCGAACAUGUGUUUUUCGGUCGCAAGGCUGAGUAAGCCUUACCUACGUCCUCUCUCCAGUAGUGCACGACUCGGUCUUGAUAUAUCACGAGUAUGUCGUACGCACUGUGAUUAGUGGGUAAUAACAGGCUUCCCAGCUGCUUGGCUACCC